CUGUUUCCAGGGGACGUCUGGUGGAGGAUUGCUGCUGCUACAACAACAGGUGUUGGUGUCGUCGUUCCUGCCGUAUGUGUGAUCGUGUGAUCGAGAGCGAGCGACAGAGCCAUGGAGCAGUGUGCGUGUGUGGAGCGAGAGCUGGAGAAGGUGCUGCACAGGUUCGUGACGUAUGGGCACCAGUCAGAGGAACGUCUCGACGAGCUGCUGCGGAACGUGUGUGAGCUGCGCAGCCAGCUGGUCACCUUCGGUGUACAGGAUACGGAUUUAUCGGUGCUUUCUCAGACGAUGGCGCAGUGCUGUAAGGAAAUCAAGGAGACGGUGCAGAUGCUCGCCUCGCGCCACAAAGACAUCCACGGCAGCGUAUCCAAAGUGGGCAAAGCCAUCGACAGAAACUUUGACGCAGAGGUGAGUGCUGUAGUUGCCGAGACCGUGUGGGACUCUUCAGAGAAGCAGAGGAACCUCAGCGAGACCAUCGUGGAGCACCUGUACCGACAGGGCAUGCUGAGCGUUGCUGAAGACCUCUGUCAGGAGUCGGGCGUGGUCAUCGACAUGAGCAUGAAGCAGCCGUUUCUGGAGCUCAACCGCAUUCUCGAGGCUUUACGGAUGCAGGACCUCCGACCGGCACUAGAAUGGGCUGUGACGAACCGACAGAGGCUGUUGGAUCUGAACAGCAGUCUGGAGUUCAAGCUGCACCGGCUCUACUUCAUCAGCCUGCUGAACGGAGGUGUAGAAAACCAGCUGGAGGCGCUGCACUACGCUCGCCACUUCCAGCCGUUCGCCGCCCAGCAUCAGAGAGAUAUCCAGGUUUUAAUGGGCAGCCUGGUUUACCUGCGUAACGGCAUCGAGAACUCUCCAUACCGCAGUCUGCUCGAGACCAACCAGUGGGCUGAGAUCUGCAACAUCUUCACGCGGGACGCCUGCGCCCUGCUCGGCCUGUCCGUGGAGUCUCCGCUCAGCGUCAGUUUUGCGUCUGGUUGCAUGGCCCUGCCUGUGUUGAUGAACAUUAAGCAGGUCAUCGAGCAGAGGCAGUGCAGCGGUGUCUGGACACACAAGGACGAGCUACCUAUCGAGAUAGACCUGGGGAAAAAGUGCUGGUAUCACUCGGUGUUUGCGUGUCCCAUCCUGAGGCAGCAGACGUCGGAGAGUAACCCGCCCAUGAAGCUCAUCUGCGGACACGUCAUCUCCAGAGACGCCCUUAACAAACUCACCAACGCUGGGAAGCUGAAGUGUCCGUACUGUCCGAUGGAGCAGAAUCCUUCGGACGCUAAACAGAUUUAUUUCUGACGUCCCGGAGCGUGAAGGUUUAACACAGCGGAGGCUCCUCGGAGUGGCUGAGGUUGGAACGAUCCAUGUUCACGGCCUUCUGCGGCGGCUCGGACCGUGGAGCCGCCGCCACACCCCCUUUCCUGAGUUUUUAGUUGGCACGGGCCGGUGGUCAUGACAACGCACACCCUGUAGAUCUGAGUCAGUUAAGUGUCGGUCAUGAGGACCGAGCUCCAUGGAUCAUUCGCUCGUAUAUCACUCAUUUAAGACUCACAGGCUUUUAUAAGGAUCCCCCCCCCCUUUUUUUUUUUUUUUUUAAAUUUUCCUUUUCAGUUUAUUCCUCUGUAUGGUUUAGAAGAGCAGGAUGUAUGCAUGCUUGUGAACAGGUGUGACCUUCCUGCAUCAUAUGUUUUCACAGUUGCUUAUUUCGAAGAUAUUUAAACACAUAUUAUAGAGGCUUUCGGUAAGUUUAUUCGAGACGUAUUGAGUGAAGCCAGAUGGUGGUUGGUGGAGAGCUUGUUGAAGAGAAGACUGCUGUAAAACCGAUCGCAGCGCUCUUCAUGAUGGUGUAAUGCAGAAAAAAAAAUCCGAUUAGACUGUCGGAUUUCCGGGUUAAAAAAAAAAAAAAUCGUAUGAUGAAUCGUCGGAGAUGUGAAGUGAAUUGAGCAGUGAUCUGACGUUAACGGAUUCCUCAGAGUAACGGAUACAUGUCUUGCUUUGUGUAUAUAUUUAAGAAAAUAUUUAAAAAGGGGGAAAAAAGA